UGCGCGGGCGCAUCGCGUUAGCUUUUUAAUUGGAUACCGUCAAAAUUGCCCCCAGUCGUUCUCUAAACGCCGUGUGAGACGGUCACGUUACAUUUGCAGAGGACGCGUUAACUGCCGUUCCUAUUUCAAAUUGUACCGGUCUAUCGAAAAUGCAUCAAGAUGAUAGCUAAACUUAUUUUCAUCACCAUAGUGGAAGUUGUGGCAUUAUUCUUCGAGCCCAAUCAUCCUAAACGUUUCUUUAAGUACAGUUGACCAUAAUUUCCAUCCGUUCCGUGUUCUAACCGGUGCGGUUAACCAUCAGUUACAAGUUAGUAUUACAGUUAUUAAAGUUUGUUCAAAUGUACGUUAAUGUAUUUGCAUGAAUAAUGUGUGUGUUUGCCUUUGCGUGACGAAAGGACAUCCAAAGUGGACAAUUUUGGAAUUUAAUCCCUUGAAAAACUAUUGGCAAUUUCCUUACUAAAUUACCUACAAAAACCCAUUUAAUUUUUAAAGUGAUAGAAAAAACUUUGUGUUUAAUCAGUGUGAACUUUUGAUUAAUCAAAAAAGUAAAAUAUUCAAUAAUUUAUUAAAAAUGGCCAAAACGGAUCAACCAAAAUAUGCCCGAAUUCACUCCUACGGGAGCAUGAGUUCAGCACGUAGUGAAGACGACAUGACAGUCCAUAGCCAGUUGUAUCCUUAUCCGAAGAAGAUGAUAGUACCAAGAGAAGUCCUCUAUGAGGAGGAACAUCCACCCUUCCAGCCGCUGUUUGCUACAACAAGGAUAUUCGGUAAAGCCAGAUGCACCUGCCUCCUGUUCAUAUACGUCGCGUUCUACGUCGCUUACCUGGUCACUGGGGCCUUGGUGUUCGCUGCUUUGGAGACUCCAAUGGAGAACCAGGUCCUGUUGGAUGUGAUACGCGCGAAACAGGAGUUUGUUUUGAAAUAUCCAUCGGUUGUAGAUGAUGACCUGGAGACGUUGCUGGACGAGGUGGUGCGCGCCAGCAACCGCGGCGUGUCGGCGUCGCGGAACGUGAGCGGCGGACCCAACUGGAGCUUCGGCCAGUCGCUGUUCUUCUCCUCCACUGUAGUCACCACCAUCGGCUACGGCCACGUGACGCCGCUGUCGAAGCCGGGCAAGCUGUUCUGCAUGGUGUACGCCCUGCUGGGCAUCCCGCUGACGCUGGUGCUGCUGUCCGCGCUGGUGGAGCGCCUGCUGCUGCCCGCCACAGCAUUGCUGCGCUCCCUCAACGCGGCGCUCGGGCACCUGUACCGCCCCUUCACUAUACGCCUCGUGCAUCUCAUGAUCAUAGUAACAUUCCUGGUGGUAUUCUUCUUACUUCUCCCGGCGGCCGCCUUCGACGCAUUGGAACCCGAGUGGGACUACCUGGACUCAUUCUACUACUGCUUCAUCUCUCUCACCACCAUCGGCCUGGGCGACUACAUCCCUGGCGACUACCCCGGCCAGCCCUACCGACCGCUGUACAAAGUUGCUGCCACUUUUUACCUAAUUGUCGGGCUAACCUUCUUGAUGUUGACCUUAACGGUUUUCUACGACAUCCCUCAAUUGAAUCUCAGCACUGUUUUUUCUUCAAUGAAACUUGACGAGGAUCCGGAAAAGAUGCGUUUGAGCGGCUCCGGAGUGAUGGGCCCUGGCUACGGCAUCGGCGGACUAGUGAUGAGGGACGACUACCACCACCACGACCAACGCCGCUCAGUUGUCCACAUCAGACCACAUUUGGAUGACAGCCCGAGCCCUGAAGACACUACACCAGUCCAUGCUAGGGAUAUUCGGGUACACUAAACAUAUUCAAAACAUUGACCACCAUGGUUAUUUCUAUCAACUACGUUCCAACUUAGUAAACGCAGUAACUUGCAGUAACUAUUGUCGGCCAACAUUCGUAUUUGCUUUGUAAAUUAAAAAAAAUAUAUGUACGAAUUGAUGUGACGUCUGGGUUUUUAUAGACAUGUCAUAAGUUCAGGGUGUCUAGAAAUAUUAAAGUAGAAAUUAAAAAAUAUAUACCUAUCGAUAAUAUUUACCAAUAUAUGUCUACUAACAUUAUUUCGGUUACAGUAGUUUAUAAAUUUAAGUACCUAACAACGUUAAAUUCAAUUAUAUUAUGUAACUGUGUAGUGAACGCCCUAGCAUUGUGGUUAUUUAUUUCAAAACUUAGUUUUCUAUAAGUACAAUGUACACCCUAAUAAUAUGUAGGACUGGAAUUGAUGUGAAUAAAAACUAAUAAUUUGCAUGUAAUAAAAUUGUGGAUAUAUAUGAAUUGAAAUACUUUGUUUUCAUUAACUUUUUUUUUUACUUUGAAUGAAAAAUAAAUAAAAAACAAAAAAUAUUUUCUAAUAGAAAGAAUCAAUACAUUUAUAUAAUUAAAGUGUCUGUCUGUGAUUUCAAAAUAACUGUGUUUUAGGUGCUUAUAGCUAUUUACACGACACCAAAACUGUCUGUCAGUAUGUAUUUCUAAACAAAACAGAAUUUCAUGCAUACGAAGUCGCGGGCGUCCGCUAAUACUUAUUAUAGAUAAAUAAACGCAUUCGUUAAUUGUUCUCAGAUUAUUUAAAUCGUUCUAUAAAUGUAAUAUGCUGAAAAUAAUAUUGCACUUGUCAUUCUAUUCUUUGUCAACCGUCCUAAAAUAUUUUCUUGAGAAAGCCUUGCAUUUUUUUUGCACUAUUAAAGAAGUUUUGUUAAGUAUAUAAAUCGAACUUAGUUCGUUAAAAGACUGAGGGGUUUUCAAAUUUUCUCACUUUUCUAUUUCAAUAUAUAAAUUUCUAUUGAAAAGAGUAUAUAAUAAAAAAAUAUUAUCAAUUUUAUAGACUAAAUUUAACACAAAUAGACUGAAGAUCAUGUCCCUCUGCACAUUACGUAGGUACAUACUUUAUAGGUUUACAUCAACGUUGUUUAAAUUGGCGGCAUAUCAAAUUAGAAUCAAUCUGAAAAAAGUACUUUUUUUAUUAAAUCCUAAUAAUAGGAUUUAAUAAAAAUGUACCUUUUAUUAAAUCCUAUUAUUUUAUUCAGUUAAUCCACUGAGUGAAAGGAAAUUGUACCUAUGCAAAUCUCGUGCUAGCAACAGUAAUGUGGGUUAAACGUUGAUACGUCAGUCAAUCUGUUAUAAUUUAUAGAUAUACCUACUAGGCAAAUAUUUAUUUUGCUAUUUGUGGUUUCGUCAAAUAAUAUUAUAUUAAUUUUAGAAACACAUAAAAUAUGUCUACAAUAUGUUAAACAUGUAAUUCAUGUUAAUGUUUUCGAUGUUUAUUAGAUAAAAUUAUCUUGUGUAAAUUAGCAAUCAAAAAUAUUUAACACAAAUUUAAAUUAUGUUAGACAUGGUAAAAAUAUAAUUAUAUAAAUAACAGUUUAGAUUUACAGAAUUUACUACUUAGAAAAUAAAAAUGUAUACUAAGAAUAUACCUACGAGUAUGUUAGCUAUUUCAAUACACAAAAAUAAAAUACAUAUACCUAAUCAUUUUGAAAAUCUGGCUGUGACUGUUACUUUGGUUGAUCAUUUAGUUUUACUGCAUUUUACAUAUUUUUGUUCAAAAUCUAUUUACAAACCAAACGUAGUGUAUAUCCUAUACAUAAAAAUAUGACAAUAUCGCUUAAAAGCAAUUGAUACAUUAGCUAUAGAAUUAAAAUAUUGUAAUAAUUUUAUUUAAAUAGAGAGAAACUUACUUCAUGCUAUAGUAAAUACAUAUUUAACAGUAACAGUCAAUUUGCUGAAUAUUGUUUUUAAUUAUUAUGAAAAAUUUUAAUAGUAUAUAAUUUAGGUAUUUGUAAAUAAAAAAAUAUAUUUAUAUGUUACAUAUCUUUCAAACAUUGUAUUUAUCAUUUAUAAUACGUAAUUACAUAUUUAAUAUUAUUAUUUACUAUAUUAACUGAUCAAUAUACCUGAAUAAAUACCUACUGCUUUUUUUCAUAACUAUAACUAAAAAUUAAAACAAGAUAAUUCUUUUAAGCCUUUCUUGAAAUUCUUAUACAAUAUUCAGCAAUAAUUUACAGGGAAAUAUAACAACCUACAAAUAGUAGUCAAUAAAUUGUCAUUGUAGGUCUACACUGCUAAUUAUUUUAAUUACACCUACAUCAUAAAUAUAUCAAUGAACAUAUAAAAUAAAUUGUAAGUAGACCAUAUUUAUAUCUUCAUAAUAAUUAUUAUAUUAGACACUAGCGUAUACAACAAUAUAUAUUCUGUCGAUAAAACACGGAAUGCCUAUGAUGGUAAAACAUGCAUAUUAUGAAUGUAAUAAAUGUAUCUGAUGCAAUUCUUAAUUAAAAGAAAACGAAUUAUU